AUGGCCACUGGCACGGAACUCGAGCUCGAACUCCCAUCUCAUAAUAUCUCGGAUAUAUGGCCGGAGUUUCUUAAUCGUCACCGAAAACAUAAGGGUAACGGUGGUAGCGAUGACAACGACGAUGAACGGUUGUUCCAGUUCUGCUGGCGACGGCAAUCGUGUGGGUCCUGUCUGGAGGCGUCGAAGGCGUGUAGUUGGUGUGCCAUUUCCUCAACCUGCAUCCCCAACCGCUCCCCCUUCCCCCUCCUCGCCCCUCUGGAAAAUCACACCCUCUGCCCACUCGGCCCUCACGAGCGCUGGGAGCUACGCUCAACCCCGCUUGGCUGCAAUGUCAGCACCGCCACGUUCUUGACUGGUGUGGUUUCAGUGCUGAGCACAUUGGUGCUUGUGUUGGUAGGGUGGGUGGUGGUGGUGUUUAUGAAGAUGGGGUGGAGGGGGUUUGUGUCGAUGAGGAGGAGGGAAAAUGGAACGGGAACGGGGGCGGGUCCAGGGUCGGGAUGGGAAUGGAUGGAUGGGUUUAGAUUUGUUGUUGGUGGCAGGCGAUGGUUGGAUAGGAUGGGGCAAAGAAGGGUUGUGGUUGUUUUUGAUGAAGGGAGAGAUGGGGGGGAGAGGAGGCCGUUGCUGGUCUAG